AUGGCACCGCCAACGAUCACUUUGCAUUUGUACUCUUUGCUAUUCAGAAGGACUUCUACCUUCACCCUCACCACUGUAGUGGGCACCUUUCUCUUCAAGCACCCCUUCUGUCAGGGCGCAGACGCGAUCUAUGUGCACUUCAACAAAGGGAAGCUGCAGAAACAUAUAAAGCAUGGCUAUGAGAACAAGGAGAGAGUCCUUCCCGCCCAUCAGCUGUUGUGCUGGAGCUGGGGCCUCGGCCUAAGGAUGAGUUUCGAGUUCCUCUUCAUGGACUAG